UUAUUAUUAUUCUCUGGCCACACAUGGAAACUCAUUACGGAUAUUUUCCAGACUAUUUUUGCGAAAUGCGCCAAUAAAAUAACCCGUUGUUCACAGGACAGCCACUGUGGAUUAAUAAUUGCGUUGCUGAGGCGCGGCACGACCCCAAAAACCAAAACAAAGAAGUACCAGACACGACAGACACUCGCAGAGCGGAAGGCAAGCGAUUUAAUCGGGAAAUGAGCAGCCAGGGCCACCACAAGAUGCACGGCUGCGGCGUCGGGGGACUGACCGGACUGCAGGGCGCCGCGUCUCACAAGUCCGGUAAAGGCGGCAGUUCGGAACAGGAGUUCACCGACGAAAUAGAUUUGGGCGACAGGUUCUCAGCGGACAUGACGCGGCUUUGUAUGAACGAACGCUACUCGGACGUGGAGUUCUUGGUGGAGGGCCAGCGCCUGCCCGCCCACCGCGUUGUUCUGGCAGCCCGCAGCGAGUACUUUCGAGCCCUGCUCUAUGGCGGCAUGUCGGAGACGACACAGCGCCAGAUUCCAUUAGAGGUGCCCCUGGAUCCAUUCAAGGUGCUCCUUCGCUACAUAUACUCGGGUACCCUGCUCCUAUCGACGCUCGACGAGGAUGCGGUCAUCGAUGUGCUAGGCAUGGCCAAUCAGUACGGCUUCCAGGACCUGGAGAUGGCCAUCUCGAAAUACCUGCGGCAGUACUUGGCCCUCAACAACGUGUGCAUGAUCUUGGACGCUGCUCGGUUGUACAACCUGGAAGAGCUCACCCAAGUGUGCCUCAUGUUCAUGGACCGAAACGCCGCCGAGCUGCUGCAGCACGACUCCUUCAAAAUGCUCUCCAAGGAAUCUUUGGAAGAAGUGUUGCGCCGCGACUGUUUUUUUGCCCCAGAGGUGCAGAUCUUCUUGGCCGUUUGGAAGUGGAGCCGCUACAACCCGAACGUGGACAUCAAAUCUGUGGUGAGCUACGUGCGCCUGCCGCUCAUGAACCUCGAGCACCUGCUGCAGGUGGUGCGACCGUCGGGAAUUCUGGAGCCCGAUAAGAUACUGGACGCCAUUGAUGAGCGAAGCACCUCGAAGACGCUGCCGUACAGAGCGGCACUGUGGCCCGAAGAGAACGUGGCCACGGCAAAAUUUUUGUCGCGCUGCAUCCAAGGAGAAUGCCGCACCGCCUUGCUGGAUGGUGACGUGACCACCUACGACAUGGAGCACGGUUAUACGCGGCACUGCAUCACGGAUACCAACGAUGCUGGUAUUGUGGUCGAACUGGGAACCCUUUGUAUGAUCAAUCACAUCCGCAUGCUCCUGUGGGACCGAGACAGUCGCGCUUACUCCUAUUUUGUGGAAGUAUCCGGCGACCAGCAGAACUGGGAGCGGGUGGUGGACUACAGCGAGUACCACUGUCGCUCCUGGCAAUAUCUUUAUUUUACCGCCCGACCAGUACGCUUUAUCCGUCUUGUGGGAACCCAGAACACAGUCAACAGGGUGUUUCAUGUUGUGGGAUUGGAGGCCAUGCACACAGCCAACGUGCCCAAGCUAAUAGACCACUUUGUGGCGCCGAAAGCUAACGUGGCCACCAUCGAGAUGAGUGCGAUCGUCACAGACGGUGUCAGUCGUACCAGGAACGCCCUCAUUAACGGUGACUUUGUGCGCUAUGACUGGGACUCGGGCUACACUUGCCAUCAGUUGGGGAGCGGCGAGAUAGUCGUUCGACUGGGCCAGCCCUAUCACGUGGGCUCCAUGCGGCUAUUGCUGUGGGACUGCGACGAUCGUACUUACAGCUUCUACAUCGAGACCUCGACCAACCGCAAGGACUGGCAGAUGGUGGUGGACCGGCGCAAUGACACUGCCCGCUCCUGGCAAAACUUCCACUUUGCCCCGCGUCCUGUCGUCUUUAUCCGCAUCGUGGGCACCCGCAACACGGCGAACGAGAUAUUCCACUGUGUCCACCUCGAGUGCCCCACCCAGGACAAGAGCUAUCUGAAGAAAAUUGCCAACCUGGAAAAAGAGAAGGAGAAGGAUAAGCAAUGCGAGGCAGGGCGGGAGGGCAAGUCCUCCGACAGAAAUGUUAGGUCAAGCCCAUCCAGCUCGUCGUCGGCAGUAUUGAAGUCCACCCACUGGCCCCCACCGGUGCCAGCGCCUUCCAAAGCGGAACAGCCCAAAGGGAAGUCAGCAUGCGAAGCCUCCAAAGCCGCCCCAGUCUUGCCAACAACAUCCUCUGCAUCCUCGCCCCGAACGGCUUCCGAAUCGCAAGAGCUCCCCGCCCCCUCAACUCCAGCAGCAGCGUCAACUCCGCCGCCGCAACAGCAGCCACUGGAACCGCCGAACGAGCCCAGUGAGAGCCCCAGCUCCAGCUCCAGUCCCAGCCAAAGUCAGAGUAGGAGUCGGAGCAGAAGCCAAAGUGCAGAGCCGGAUCCAGUGCCGCCGCUGGUGGAACUGGACUCGAAGGAUGCGCAUUGAGGGAUGUGCCGAUGAUGCUAUUUUGUACUUGAUCCUUUCAAAAUACUCCUCCUGUUAGUCCCCAGAGCAGAAGCCAAGCUGAGAUUCCUCUUUGGUACCUCCUUAUUUGUAGUUUGUGCUGUGCGACCGUGCUGUACUUGUUAUCUAGUCCAUCCCAGUGCCCAAGUUAAUGGGCUCCUCCGAUACAUUCGAAUCGCCACUGACUUAGUUUUUUUUUGUUCUCUUAAUUCGUAUGUUGGUUUCCAAAAACAAUGUUGUGAUGAGUGGCGAUUCAAAAAGAAAAAAAAAAACCGAAAGCUAAAAAAAAAAAGAAAUUCCUUUGUUGGCACGGCCCCAGUGUUGAGUUUAUGUAAGAAAUACCACCAUCUACUUAAUGCACCUAUUAUGACUUUCGAGCAGAUAAACCAAAAUUGUAUACGAGGUUCGAGGAUCACAUCCAGUCCGCACAUCGAACUCUGUCCAUGUCCGUAACCCGAGAAUGAUCCACUCGAUCCGCCACUAAUAUAGUCUUGGCCCCGCGGGCAGCCCCACAGAAAAGGCUCUAUUUAUUAUACAAGUUUUGUCAGAAUUUGUACUGCACUCGAAUAAAAGCUAAUUAAACCUUUUGCGUACAUCGCAA